AGGAAGAGACAAGACACUUGGAAAUGCGACUUUGGUUUAAAAGAAUUUGUUAUUAGUUUGCCUUGUAUAUGAGCUUGGUAAAGCAGUAUGUCAGAGAACAAGAAUGCAGGCACUAACAGAAAGGAGCGAAGGUUGUCUUGGUGGAGUGAACAGAGAAAGAAAGACAAGAAAAGAGAAGGUUUGAGGAAAAGCACCCUUACUGUUAGACCAUCAUUAUACACAGAAACCAAAAUAAUCACCCAGGAAAACAACAGUAAACCAAGGGCAGUCAACCAUACCAGGGCCAAAAAGAAACCAGUCAGUGACGAAAAGAACAAUAAGAUCAACAAAACCAAGCCAGUCAAAACCGAACCGAAAACCGAAUCAGAAGCCGGAGAAAGCCCAGCUCCGAGUCCGUCCAAACUCAUGCCCCAGAAGUAUGUCUUGUUUGUCGGUAAUCUCCCAUACACUAUAACCAAAGAACAGCUAGAGGAACAUUUCAGGAAAACAGGUGGUGUGAAAGCUAUAAGGAUUCCAAAAGAGAAGGGAACUGGGAAGAGUAAAGGGUUUGCAUAUGUUGAACUCAAAGACAGGAUAAGCCAUGGAAUAGCCUUAAGGUUGCACCAUACAACAUUGGCUGGACGUAAAAUAAAUGUUGAGUUCACGUCUCAGGGGGGAGGAAAAAGUGAACAACGGAAAGAAAAACUCAAAUUAAAAAACUUAAAGCUUGCAAAAAUGAAGAUGCCUCUGAAGAAUUCAUGAUCUCUUGUGAAAGAUAAAUUUAUCUCAUUUAAAUGAUUCAUUUAGUGUGGAUGGAAUUCCUGCUAUCAAGUUGUGAAAUUAGAGCAUGUGUAGAGAAAAUGACCAUAGAAGUAGUAAAAAAAAAGUGUGGUUAUAUUUAAGGAGAUUAACAGUCGAGUCUGGUGUAUUUGUAUGUGUACAUGCAGGUCAUUAACACUUCAAAGCAGGUACAUUUUGUUGUGGUUAUAGGAAACACAUUUCCAGAUUUAAGCCAUUUGCUAUACAUGUAUAUAAAUUUUAAAGGUAAUUGCCAAGACCAAGGCUUCACAGCAGUUAUUACUGUGUUAGCAAAAACAUGAAUUUUGAUAACAAGUCAGAGUAGAAUGAGUAUUCUGUUAGUGGUAAGCUCUUUGUAUACUGUGUAUACUAUAUUUGCAUAUCAUGUACAAAAAUGUAGGCACAAGGCUUAAUGCUUAUGUUAGGAUCUUCCCAAUUACAAGUUAAUUAGUAUAUCAAAAUAACAACAAAACUAAUAUACAUGUAUACAGGAUACACACAACUUUGUAUGAAUAAUGUUGUUUAAUUUGUUAAUAUUGGCUUGUUGGUGCAUUUUGCCAAACAUUUGGUGCUUAUUAUAUACCUUCACAUAAAAUUUUGAAUCUUUGAAAAACUUUGAGAAUAUUUUUGAAAAUCAGAGAAUUGUAAUCUGCUAUAUCUCCAAGUUUACAGUGGAUCCUCAUUUAUCCGGACGCUCUGGUUCCUUGUCAAUUUGUCCAGAUAUAUGAAGUGACUGGAUAUCUGAAUUACCAGUUAAUCAAGACAAAAUAACGUUAAAAAAUUCUGUUCCGAUGAAAAAUUGUCCGGAUACUGAAGCAUCCGGAUAUCUGAAGGUCCACUGUAUUUCCUUUCAAUAUUUGUAUGCAGGAUCAUUUUCUUAAUGAAUGAUUUUUUUUGUUGUGAAUC